AUGUCCCAAGACACCUCCCUCGCAGACACAACCCUCAUCAAGGAGGAAACGCACGCUUUGAAAGCACGUCCACCAGUGACUCCACCAGCAAACGCCAUCCGUGACAACCUGAAAUCGCUGGUCGCAGGUGGUGUCGGUGGUGUCUGUGCUGUGCUAACGGGCCACCCGUUCGAUCUAAUCAAAGUGAGAUGUCAGAGUGGACAGGCAAGUUCCACCAUUCACGCCAUUAAAAUCAUCUUGAAGGAUGCAAGAGCCAUCCCGACUUCAAACAUGCUGGUCAACUCCGUCAAGGGGUUCUACAAGGGUGUCAUUCCACCAUUGCUCGGUGUCACCCCAAUCUUCGCCGUGUCUUUCUGGGGGUACGAUGUCGGGAAGAAAAUAGUCACUCGCAGUGACUCUUCUAGCGCACAAUUGACAAUGGGUCAGAUGGCCGCAGCUGGGUUCAUUAGUGCCAUCCCAACUACAUUGGUGACGGCCCCCACGGAGAGAAUCAAAGUGGUGUUGCAAACCGCGGGUGCUAAUUCAAAGACUAGUUUUAUUGGGGCCGCAAAGAAUAUUGUCAAGGAUGGUGGUGUGAAAUCCUUGUUUAAGGGUUCUCUGGCGACUUUGGCUAGAGAUGGACCAGGUAGUGCCUUAUAUUUUGCCUCAUAUGAGAUCUCAAAGAAAUUCCUGAAUGAUAGGAACGCCACCGCUGAGAGUAAGACUGGGGAGGUUAAUAUCGCUAACGUUUGUCUGGCUGGUGGGAUCGCAGGGAUGUCCAUGUGGCUUGUCGUGUUCCCCAUCGAUACCAUCAAGACAAAAUUACAAUCCUCUUCAGGAAGUCAAUCUAUGGUUGCUGCCACGAGAGAAAUUUAUGUCAAGAGAGGAGGUAUUAAGGGGUUUUUCCCAGGGUUGGGACCUGCAUUGUUAAGAUCAUUCCCUGCUAAUGCUGCUACUUUCUUGGGUGUGGAAUUGACUCACUCUUUGUUUAAGAAAUAUAACAUUUAA